CGAUGUGAGCUAUAAACCUAAGACUCAACAACACAAAACUUAACAGGGACUCAUAAAAUAAAUAAAAUAAAAAAGAUAUGCCAGAGUUUUGUGUUACAGGUGGCAAUGGGUUCAUAGCAGCUUACCUAGUGAAAGCCUUAUUAGAAAAGGGUUACACAGUGAGGACUACAGUGAGAAACCCAGAUUUGGAGAAGGUUGGGUAUCUUACUCAAUUAAGUGGAGACAAAGAGAGAUUGAAGAUUUUAAAAGCAGAUUUAUUAGUGGAAGGGAGCUUUGAUGAGGCAGUAAUUGGGGUUGAUGGUGUGUUUCAUACUGCGUCCCCUGUCCUUGUUCCAUAUGAUAACAAUAUUCAGGCUACUUUGAUUGAUCCAUGUAUAAAAGGAACCAAGAAUGUGUUGAAUUCUUGCGCCAAAGCAAAUGUGAAACGUGUGGUGCUAACAUCUUCUUGCUCUUCCAUAAGAUAUCGUGAUGAUGUGCAACAAAUUUCUCCUCUUAAUGAAUCUCAUUGGAGUGAUCCAGAUUAUUGUAAACGUCACAAUCUGUGGUAUGCAUAUGCAAAGACUGUGGGAGAGAGAGAGGCUUGGAAAAUUGCAAAGGAAAAUGACAUUGAUCUAGUAGUGGUUAACCCCUCUUUCGUUGUUGGUCCACUUCUUACACCACACCCAGCCAGCACACUUUACAUCAUACUAAACAUCAUCAAAGGUUUGAAAGGAGAAUAUCCAAACACAACAGUGGGCUUUGUCCAUAUAGAUGACGUGAUUGAAGCCCACUUGUUGGCCAUGGAAGAGCCCAAAGCAUCUGGCAGACUUAUUUGUUCAGGCCCAGUAGCCCAUUGGUCUCAAAUUAUCGAAAUGCUUCGCGCCAAAUAUCCUUCUUAUCCAUACGAAAGCAAGUGUAGUAAUCAUGAAGGAGAUAAUGGUACACAUAGCAUGGACACCACCAAAAUCACUCAAUUUGGGUUUCCUCCAUUCAAAACACUUGAACAAAUGUUUGAUGAUUGCAUCAAAAGCUUCCAAGACAAGGGUUUCUUAUGAAAUCCAUGAUCCCAUGUACCUUUCAUGUUCAUGUGAGGUGUAUGUAUCGAUUGAAAAUAAGAGUGCCAUAAACCAAAUUAGAAUAAAUUGGAUGAUAUGUAAUGGAAAUAAUUGUUAUUCCCUUCAUUAUUUUGGUAAACUUAGUGGAGGGUAAAAACCAACAAUUGCAUAUGGUUGGACUAGAGUCUGCAUAACUUAAAUUUUAUUGUAUUUUGGUAUUCAUUCUCAAUUUUUAAAGUGUUUUUAAAUCAAAA